AUGUGGAACCUAUGGACUGCUAGGAACUCUCUCCUCUUCGAAGACCGCCACUUCUCUGCAAAGGAAGUCUACGUCAAAACAGUUACUGAAGCACGAAUUUGGCAAAAUGCUCAACUAGACAUCCACAAACCGUCUCCGCUGCGCCCACCACCUCAAGUCCCUCCUUCCUCUCCUCUAGAAACUUUCACUUGCCAUGUGGAUGCAGCAUGGAAUCCAGAUACAGGAUUGAGUGGAGCUGGCUGGAUUAUUAAGGAUCCCUCCGGGUUUCCCCUGUCCCAGUCGUCUUCCUCUCGUCCUUUUGUGCCGUCUGCACUCGUUGCAGAAGCGUUAGCGAUCCCAAGUGCUAUGCUCGACAUCACCUCAAUCGCUCAUUCUAUUCCAAUCCGAUCUUUAUUGAUCUUCUCUGACUCCCAAGUCCUCAUCAAGCUGCUCAAGACUGAUGGAUGCCUUAAGGAGUUGAAAAGCGUUCUUCAUGACAUCUUUUGUCUUUCAAACGCUUUCACAUCUAUCUGUUUUAACUUUAUUCCUCGUUCAAAUAAUUCAGAGGCAGAUGCUCUUGCUAAAUCUGCUCUCUGGUCUGCUUCUUCUGUAGUCUCUUCUCCCAUCUGUGGAGUUGGACUCUGUUAUUUUUUUUAA